CGGCCGCCACUCGCGGGGCGAGGAGGGGCCGGGCCCGGGGCCGGGCCGGAGCGGGGGCCGGGGCGGCCGGGCCGGGCCGGGCCGGCGGCGCGGGGGCCCCGCCAUGGCCCACUUCGAGACGCAGUACCAGCGCCUGGAGAGCUCCUCCACCGAGUCCCCCCCCGGCGGCGGGGAUCUGCUUGUCCACGUCCCCGAGGGCGCCAAGUCUCCAUGGCAUCAUAUAGAGAACCUGGACCUUUUCUUCUCUCGUGUCUAUAAUCUGCAUCAGAAGAAUGGCUUCACCUGCAUGCUCAUUGGGGAGAUCUUUGAGCUCAUGCAGUUCAUCUUUGUGGUGGCGUUCACCACCUUUCUUAUCAGCUGCGUUGAUUAUGACAUUCUCUUUGCCAACAAAGCAGUAAAUCACAGCCAGCAUCCGAGUGAGCCCAUUAAGGUGACGCUGCCAGAUGCCUUCCUGCCUCCAAAUGUCUGCAGUGCAAGAAUCCAGAAAAACAGCUUCCUCAUCUGCAUCCUGAUGAUAGCUGGGGUUUUCUGGAUCCACCGACUCAUCAAAUUUAUCUACAACAUUUGCUGCUACUGGGAAAUUCACUCCUUCUACAUCAAUGCCCUCAAAAUCCCCAUGUCCAACCUGCCCUACUACACCUGGCAGGAGGUGCAGGCCCGCAUUGUGCAGAUCCAGAAGGAGCACCAGAUCUGCAUCCACAAGAAAGAGCUGACAGAGCUGGACAUCUACCACCGCAUUCUCCGCUUCAAGAACUACAUGGUGGCCAUGGUGAACAAGUCUCUGCUGCCCAUCCGCUUCCGCCUGCCAUUGCUGGGAGACACUGUCUUCUACACUCGCGGGCUCAAGUACAACUUCGAGCUCAUCUUUUUCUGGGGGCCAGGCUCCCUCUUUGAGAAUGAGUGGAGCCUGAAGGCCGAAUACAAGCGGGCUGGGAACCGCCUGGAGCUAGCUGAGAAGCUCAGCACUCGCAUCCUGUGGAUUGGCAUUGCCAACUUCCUCCUCUGUCCCCUCAUCCUCAUCUGGCAGAUCCUCUACGCCUUCUUCAGCUACACGGAGAUCCUGAAGCGAGAGCCAGGCAGCCUGGGUGCCCGCUGCUGGUCUCUCUAUGGCCGCUGUUACCUCCGACACUUCAAUGAGCUGGACCAUGAACUGCACUCACGUCUCAGCAAGGGCUACAAGCCAGCUUCCAAGUAUAUGAACUGCUUUAUUUCCCCGCUCCUCACCAUCGUGGCCAAGAAUGUGGCCUUCUUUGCUGGCUCCAUCCUGGCUGUGCUCAUCGCUCUCACCAUCUAUGACGAGGACGUCCUGGCGGUCGAGCACGUGCUGACGACGGUCACCCUGCUCGGGGUGGGCAUCACGGUGUGCAGGUCCUUCAUUCCUGACCAGCACCUGGUGUUUUGCCCAGAGCAGCUGCUGCGGGUCAUCCUGGCACACAUCCACUACAUGCCUGACCACUGGCAGGGCAAUGCCCACCGCUAUGAGACCCGGGAUGAGUUUGCCCAGCUCUUCCAGUACAAAGCGGUCUUCAUCCUGGAGGAACUCCUGAGUCCCAUCAUUACCCCCCUGAUCCUUAUUGUCUGCCUCCGACCCAAGUCCUUGGACAUUGUUGACUUCUUCCGCAACUUCACUGUGGAGGUGGUGGGUGUGGGCGACACCUGCUCCUUUGCCCAGAUGGACGUGCGCCAGCACGGCCACCCAGCGUGGAUGUCAGCAGGAAAGACGGAGGCUUCCAUUUACCAGCAGGCAGAGGAUGGCAAGACAGAGUUGUCCCUCAUGCACUUUGCCAUCACCAACCCCAAGUGGCAGCCGCCCCGCGAGAGCACGGCCUUCAUCGGUUUCCUGAAGGAGCGGGUGCACCGGGACAGCAGCGUGGUGCUGGCCCAGCAGGCCAUGCUCCCCGAAAACGCCCUCUUCAGCUCCAUCCAGUCCCUGCAGUCGGAGUCAGAGCCUCACAGCCUGAUCGCCAACGUGAUAGCAGGCUCCUCAGCUCUGGGCUUUCACAUGGGCCGUGAUGGACAGGCCUCCCGCCAUCUCUCUGAAGUGGCCUCAGCCCUGCGUUCCUUCUCCCCACUCCAGUCUGCCCAGCAGCCCCCCAGCGGCUUCCAGACAGGGGGAAGGGAUGGAGAGGGAGCCCAGCCUCGGGGCGCGAGUGCCAUGACAGCCUCUGGUGCUGAUGCAAGGACUGUGAGCUCAGGGAGCAGCGCCUGGGAGGGUCAGCUACAGAGCAUGAUCCUGUCGGAGUAUGCCUCCACCGAGAUGAGUCUCCACGCGCUCUACAUGCACGAGCUGCACAAACAGCAAACCCAGCUGGAGCCCGAGCGGCACACUUGGCACCGACGAGAGAGCGACGAGAGUGGGGAGAGUGCCCACGAGGAGCUGGAAGCUCAGCGAGGUGCCUCUGUCCCCAUCCCUCGCUCUGCCAGCUACCCCUUCUCCUCACCGCGGCAGCCUGCCGAGGAGACGGCCACACUGCAGACCGGCUUCCAGCGGCGAUACGGUGGCAUCACAGACCCAGGCACAGUGCACAGAGCCCCAUCACACUUCUCCCGCCUCCCGCUGGGAGGCUGGGCUGAGGAUGGGCAGUCGGCGAGACACCCAGAGCCCGUGCCGGAGGAGAGCUCAGAAGAUGAGCUUCCACCGCAGAUCCACAAGGUGUAGCCUUGUAGACUGGGGAUCUCCUGGGGGUUGCAGACUGGGAGCCGCCUGGGCAGCAGGAUGUGGCAUCAGCCUGAUUCUUCUCCCAUCCCAAGGGGACAGGGUGGUCCUGGGCUUCAUUUUGUUGCCAUCAAUUGCCGAAGAGACAAAACUGCCAGGCCAGCGGCUUUGCAGUGGAGCCCUGUGUCCAGCCGUUUGUCAAGUCAACGACACUGACUCUUGUGGGGUGAAUGCGUGUGUGAGUACAUACAUGUGUCUGUGUUCACAUCUGUGUCGUCUGUGUCGGAGGAUUGCUGCAGAGCCUGCAAAAGCUGACGUGAUGGGACUGGCGGUGGGGAGCUGUGGACUGGCUUGGAGGUGGCAGCAGCAGCUGCUGGUUGAAGGGACGUGAGAAGGCACCAGCUCCAGCCAUCCACCCAGAGCUGGGACCUGCCUCCAGAAUGAGGGCAGGGAGCUGGUGUCCCCUGGGGAUGGCCACCCGUGUCGGGAGGUGUCGAGGGGAGCUAGCUCAGCCUGCGGCAGUGUCAGCACCGUGACUGCCCCGCCUGCAGCCUUGGGGAGGUGUCCAGCACUGCAUUGCCCUUCCAGGGAGGACCAACUUUGUGCCCCUCAGUCCGGAGCAGGAUGGCAGUGGGGCAGUCCCCCCGCUCCAUGUAUACACGUGCUGCACCAGCUCCCUGCCGAGGGAUGGGACCCCACUGCUGCAGGUGUGGGUGUGGGUGGGAUGGCAGAGCCAGUGGGCCCUGCUCUCACUGGGAUCUGGGGAUGCUGCAGCUCUUCCCCAGCUCCCAUGACAGCUGCCCAGUCCUUUGCACACCAGGAAGGGGCUGUGGAGGUGGGAGACUUUUGUUCCUGACAUCUCUCCUGGCUGGCAGCCUCUGUGCCAUAUCUCUGAGCUAGGGCAACGUGCACCCUGGCCAGUGCCCGUGGGACGUGGGCUGCUAGCAGGGCCCACUUGCAAUGCCAAAGAGACCCUGGGGUGGUCCAGCUUGGCUUCUCCUGGGGGCGCACGUGGCCCAGUUGGAGCCCACCUUGAAGGACUUGUGCUCUGUGUAUUGAAUUGACUCCCUUCCCUCAGGUGUUAUAAAAGCCUCUUCCCUAUGCCUGACCUGUCUGAUACAUUGGAUCUGUCUUCCUGAUGUGGCCAUUUCUGUGGUAUUGGGGCUUUCCUCCUGCCCAAACAAAGCCUUCAGUGCGUCGUGCAUCUCACCCAAGGGCUCUCAGCUCCUUCCUCACUCUUGAGAGAAUCCUUUUCCUUGCAACAUUGCUUUGGCUGCUGCAGAGCCCCUAUCCCAAGCAGAUGGCUUAUGUCUUGGAGGGGCAAGAGGAGGUGCCCUAAACCUAGAGGGGAGAGGCAAACCCUAGCCCAGCCCCGUGGUAGAGGAGAGAGUUGGGAUGCUGGUUGUGCAGCGCAACCUCAGACAGGACCUUCCCAAGAUCACCCUGGUUUCCCUUGCUCCUCUUCCAGUGGCAGCUUGUGAGAAUGUGCGUCUCGGCUAACCCCCGCCAGGCAUUGCUUUUGCCUGCCUUCACUCCUCUUUCCCCUGGCAGGGACUGCUUGCUUUUACCAUGCCCUCUGCGAGCAACAGGCAGGCCCUCCUCUGCCAUCCCUGGAGUCCAGGGCCACCUUUCUUCCCCUGCCAGGAUAUUGCCCUGUGCCCUUUGAGCCUGGGCUGGGCACGCGCCAGUUGAGCCAGCUGCUCCCUGUGCUGGGGCAGGCACGCCUGGUAGCAGGGACUCAAGGGUGGAGGCGUGUGGCGUUGCACCCAAGCAUUCCUCAGAUGUUCACUGACAUAAGGGAGACCAUAAAAGAGCAAGGGCUACAGGUGUAGCAUGACCUCAAGUAAUAAGUAUUUUAUUACUCACUGUUAGAUUGCAGUCUCCACCUAAUUCGCUGUAGCUAGGCACUACACGUUAUGCUACUUGCACUUCAGGCUUGUGAGCGCGGUGCUGUCUUACAGGCUCUGAUCCCUCACUGCCCUGUCUGUCGCAGAGGAAUCCUGGUGUGAGCGUCCCCUUCUCACUGGGUGUGGGUCCUGCAGUCAGGCCAGCUGUCUGGAGCGGGGUCCACACUGCACAAGCUGGCAUUAAUCUUUUAUAGAGUUCCCCCAUUGUUCUCCCCCAGUAACAGUAGUUUAACCCAACACAAGCCUAAUGGCCUUUCAUCCAAUCAUGUUCCGUUGUUCCCUUGCAGUUUUCUUCUUUUUUACUUCUUAUCACUAUUCCCACAUAGUUCUACCAGAGUUGAAGGUUUCUGUAGUUUUACCACAGUUGAAAGUUUCUGCAGUGUCAUUUCAUUCCUUAUUACUGUUGCCACAUAGUGCCACUCCUUCCAGUAGUGCCCAGUGACAGGACAAGAGGCAGUGGACACAAACUGAAAUCCAGGCAGUUCCAUCUGAACAUAAGGAAAAACUUUUUUUUUUUUUUUUACUGUGAGUGACUCAGCACUGGAACAGGUUGCCCAGAGAGGUUGUGGAGUUUCCGUCCUUGGAGACAGUCAAAAGCCAUCUGGAUAGCGUCCUGGGCAACCUGCUAUAGGUGAUCCUGCUUUGAGCAGGGAGUUUGAACUAGAUGAUCUCCAGAGGUCCCUUCCAACCUCAACCGUUCUGUGAUUCUGCAAUAGUUCUGUAGUGUAGUGCCUCAGGCUGUAGAGCCCCCAGGUGACUGCCAACUGGUGGGACGCACCAGUGUGUCCUGCUGUGGUAAGGGCUGUGCUAUCCAUGAGGCCCACUCUUGCCUGCAGGCCCAUGCCAUGGCAGCAAGCAGGGCUGGCUCUGGUCCUGGUGCUCGUAGGCCCAACCUUUGUUUGCUCUUAUAUCUUGUUAGACCCAGCUGUGGCCAUAGGAGCAAAAGGGCCAGGAGAACUGAUGGUUCAGUAAUUGUGGCCCUGUCUGGCCUUUGAUGUCCUUCCCCCAGGCCGGGGAGCAUAGAGGGGGUGUUCGUGCAGGGACAGGUUCUUUUGGGUGGUGGGCUCCCUCUCGCUUUGGGGAGGGACAGAUCAAAGCUGUGACUGGUCUGGGCCUGUAAGAGACCAAAGUGAGUUCACUAAAGCAAAGCCCUGGAUGGGGAUCAGCUCCUUACAGCUGGAGUCAGGACUCCUGGGGUGUCUCUGUGGCUUGCCACAUGACUCGGGGAUAAAUCAUGUGGCUGAGCUCAGCCGGAGAGCAAGAGGUCCAUGGGCCUGGGUACUGCACUGGUGUGCUGGUACCUCCGGCCAUGGGUGUGCUCUCUGCACGGCUGCUGGGGGCAGCCCCUGCCUCCUGUAGAGGAUCAGCUACAACGACCCCAGAGCAGCUCCAGCUUGGGGCUGUUGUGGCGUGGUGGGUUUGACAAGGAAGCUGAGGGCAAGUCUCCAAUGCACCCGAGCUUUCCAGCCGCUUGCCUGGCCACCUGGGCUCCCUCGCUGCACCCAGGGCAGUGCUCCCUGCCCUGGGGCAGCCCUUUGAGCCCACAGCACCUGUUUAUCAGCUGUUGAUCUCAAACACACGGGGGCCAGCUGGGUUUUUACCGACUGAGAGGCACCUCCUGGCUGCACUCUGUACGAAGGGCAAGCGCGUGGGUGUCCUCUGUGCUGGUAGACUUGGCCCUGGGGGUGGGAUGCUUGGUCUGGGCUUCCUGGCAUAGCCACUGCUGAUCCCUAAGCAGGGCCAGCUGAGCUGGUGAAGGCUGGCUCCAUCCUGGGGCAAGUGGGGAAGUCUGGGCCUUUCCCUGGGAAUAACAGGAGGGAGAGGCCUGGCAGAAGCAGGGAGGAGUCCUUGCCGUAUGUUGUGCUUGUGUUGUUGCUGUCCCCUGUGCAUGGCCAGCUGCUCCUCCCCAUCCCCUCACAGGGUGUGCGCGUGUGCGGGUGCGCGGGGAUUCCCGGGGAGUGCUGAUCGCAGCCCCGUGUCCUCGCUGUACAGCUGUAUAGCCAUGUAAUAAAGGUGGGCAUAUCAUC